GGCCUGCUCAUUAAAAUCGGAAUGCUUUCAUAGUAACCCGGCGGAGAAGUUCGAUCACCAUUACUGAAGUGGUGUUUUCUAUCCGUUCUCUCUGGAAGAGAAAUGGAGAAGGAAGGCCUCGUGCGCAACCAUUGCGCCGGCGGAGGCGGAGGCAGGAGCUUGUUCACGGCGUGCGCCGGCGACCUGAAUCGGGUCAACUGGAUUGCUCUCCCUAUGAUAGUCGUGACCGUUUCUCAAUUUCUGUUGCGCGUUUCCCCAAUGUUUAUGCUCGGGCAUUUGGAUGAACUGUCGUUGUCGAGCGCCUCCAUCGCAACCUCCAUUUGCAAUGUCACAGGAUUCAGCGUUGUGUUCGGAAUGGCGAGUGCGUUGGAAACCCUAUGUGGCCAGGCGUACGGAGCGGCGCAGUAUAAGAAAUUGGGGACAUUCACCUAUGGUGCGAUUCUAUGCCUCUUUGUAGCGUGCAUACCGUUGUCUCUUCUCUUCGUCUUGACGGAGAAGCUGCUGCUGUGGACGGGGCAGGAUCCUGAAAUCUCCGCCGGCGCCGGGAAGUUUGCGAUUGAGCUGAUUCCGACUCUGUUUCCUUACGCAAUUCUUCAGUGCUUAGUUCGUUACUUACAGAGCCAGAGUUUGGUCCUUCCAAUGGUUUGGAGCUCAUUAGCUUCUUUAAGCUUUCAGUUGCCUCUGUGUUGGACAUUGAUAUUUAACCUGAAUCUGCGAAGCAGCGGAGCUGCAAUGUCGAUCUCAAUCUCGUAUUGGUUCAACGUCGUCGUGCUGUUGCUCUAUAUGAGGUAUUCCCCUGCCUGCAGGAAAACUCGAGCUUCCUUCUCGCCGGACUGUUUUUCAUCUUCCAAGGAAUUCUUAGGCCUGGCAGUCCCCUCUGCAGCCAUGGUUUGCGUGGAGUGGUGGUCUUUCGAGCUAAUACUAUUGCUUUCAGGAAUGUUACCAAAUCCAAAAUUGGAGACAUCAGUUUUCUCCAUAUGUUUCACCAUUUCUUAUCUGCACUACCACAUCCCCUAUUCUUACGGCGCCGCAGCAAGCACGCUGAUCUCAAACGAGUUCGGCGCAGGGAACCCCCGCUCCGCCAAAAUUACCCUCUACGCAGUUCUAGCGCUAUCGAUUGCAGAGUUCCUAAUCGCCAGCAUUUCAAUAAUGGCCUCAGGCCACGUACUCGGAUAUGCAUUUAGUGAGUCGAAAGAAAUAGUCAGCCGUGUCGAACUAAUGGCUCCUUUCCUCAGCCUCUCCAUCAUCAUGGAUAGCUUGCAGGCUGUGCUUUCAGGCGUUGUCCGGGGCUGCGGCUGGCAGCACAUUGGCGCCUAUGUCAACCUCGGAUCUUACUAUCUGGUUGGCACUCCGGUGGCCUUACUGCUGGCGUUCGUUUUCCACCUCAACGGCCGAGGCUUGUGGAGCGGAUUGCUAGCCGGCACAACGGUCCAAUGCAUCGCCCUGUCGGCGGUCACUGGACUCACAAACUGGGAAAAACAGGCUUUGGAAGCACGGCAGAGGAUCUUCUCCGGGACACCUCCGGCUUACCAACCCCAAAGCUUGGUAGAGAUUACUUGACAUUUAUUUAUUGCAUAAUUUCUAAUUGCAAUGAUCUAAAUAAUAUAUGAAAUCUUUAUGUUUAUAUAUUUGUCUGGGUAAAUAUUUUUUAUCUAAUUUUUCUGAUACGAAAUUGAGUCAUGCAAAAUUUGAGGUGGAAAUCUAAUCAACUUCAAAUUGAUGGGGGCCUAAAAGGGUUCCAUUUGGUCUAUUUCAGCAACCCUUCAAUAUAUGUAAUAUAUAUAUUGUUUAUUAGCAUGG